AAUCAAUAUUUAGAACAUCAGCGUUGACGGAUCCGGAAAACGGAAGAAUUUGAACUGUAACUUAGUGCAAUAAGGUACAAAAUAGGAUACUUGAGAAAAUUUGAGAUUAAUAAAAAAUUAUGCAUCCUGCAAGACGACACGACAUAAUUUUAUAGAAAUGUCAUCACAAAACUUAUAAUAAUUGCUUAGGAAAUUGUGUAAAAAGUUAUUUACUGUCAAAGUACACAUAUAACCAAGGUACCCAAUGUAAACAAUUUACAUUAAUUUUAUCAACAUCAGCUUCAAGGAAUAAACAUGAAUAUGUUACGUUCAGAGGCGAAGACUCAUCUCCAAGAUUGUUUUAGUGACAACAUACGAACAAUAAACCUUGAAAUGGUAUCAGAGAUUCAAAAUGAUAUAGAUUAUUAUGAUACAGUUUCAUUGGUUUUCUUGCUUUAUGACGUCCCUGAUACAGCUCUGCAAAGGCUUAUUGUAUUUCAACGUGUUUAUAAAGAUACUAACAUGAAUUUAUUAUAUGACUGGGCCUUAAACGUUCAUUCUCGACCUACAUGGAGGUAUGAAUUUUUAGAAGCACUUACCAUUUGCCGCUUAUAUCAUGUUAUUAAAAAACUAGGUUUUGAUGUUGCUAGUGUCAAGGAACGAUAUAUGCCUGGAAAUAUAAAUGUAUGUGUAUAUAUUAAUCCUAUAAAGAAAGCUCUUUACAAAUUUUGUGAAAAUGUAACUGCAAAUAAUCUUGUGAGAUUAAAAAAAUCAUUAUUGACAUAUGAAAUUGAUACAUCUGAGCAUGAAUCUUGUGAGCUGAUAUGUUUGGAAUUAAUAUCCCAAAAGUUUAUAAGCCUGACUCAAAAUAAUUUAGCAGCGAAGAUUAAGCAAUGUCAAGUGGAAAAACUGGUAAAGAUUGUAGAAAAUAUACCUGGCUUGAAAAAAAUAGCAGAAGAUCUACAAAUAAUUGCAAAUAAAAUUAAUAAUGACUCAAAUUUUUCAUCACCACAAAUAAUGAGUACUCCAAUUAGUUUAUCUACAGCAAAAACUAAGUUAAAAGAAGAUAAAUUUGAUGAAAGUUUCUGUGAUAUAUUUCAAUGUUUGAAUGAAUUACAAGAGGAAGAUAUUCCCGUUAUGAACUUGAAGUCUGACACAAAAAAUCUGACUAAAGAUGCUUAUCCUAUUAUAAAUACAGAUAGAAUUGGUGUUUGCUGUAUUGUAAAUCAAGAAGAAUUUCAUCCGUCAAAAGAUAGCAUUGAAAAUAAUUUUCAAACACAUAUGUUGGAUAAUCGUUUAGGUUCAACAAAAGACCAACAGAGCCUAGAGCAUUUAAUGUCAUCACUAAAUUUUAAAAUAAAAAGCUGCCGUAACCUGAACCAUAGAGAUAUGUUUAAAUUUAUCAGGGAUGUAAUAAAUAAUGAUGUUCGUCCCGAUGAUAGCAUUUUUAUGUUAUGUAUUUUAUCACAUGGCAUUAGAGGACAUGUGUAUGCUGCUGAUUCUGUAAAAGUAAAAGUUGAAGAUAUCCAGAAAUUGUUAGACUCUGACGAUGCAAGUAAUUUACAUGGAAAGCCCAAAAUCUUGAUUCUGCAGGCCUGUCAAGUUGAUGAACACAGACCUAUGCCCCAUUUGGUAGCUGAUGGACCGACAACAAAUUAUUUCCUUAGAAAAUCAGAUUUUCUUAUAUAUUGGGCCACUGCACCCGAAUAUGAAGCCUAUAGAGAUGAGCAAAAAGGAUCUAUAUUUAUUCAAAUUUUAUGUUAUACGAUAGGUAAGAAGGCAAGACAAGAACACUUGUAUGAUAUAUUUACAAAAGUAACAGAUUCUGUUUCUUACAUUUGUAGUAGAUUACAACAGAUCCAGGUGCCAAUAUUUGAAUCAACAUUACGUAAAAAACUUUACCUACAAUUGCCUCAAGUAUCACAAUGAAUUUUAACAUAUGCUAUUUUAAAUAUUCCUAUUAAAAAUCUUGCAAUGCGUGUGACAAUAUUAUA